GUAGUACAACUUUACCAGCAUCUCUUUAGAAAAAAAGGAGGAAUGCACCAAGACGAAAGGAUAUGAAAGAUACGGGUCAAAGCUGCCGGCCGGAACGACUCCACAAAACAGCACGGCCGUGCCAAGAAAGCGAGAGCACGAUGGAACCCGGCCGCCGCGUUGUGCUGUACGCCGGCUUGGGCGUGGGCCACCUGACCCCCAUGGUGGAGCUCGCCAAGCUCUUCCUCUGCCGCGGCCUCGCCGUCAUCAUCGCCGUCCCGACCAGGCCCGGUCCCGCCUCCGUUGCCAGCCUCGCCGCCGCCAACCCCUCCGUCUCCUUCCACCUCCUCCCGCCCCCGCCCUAUCCCGACCCGGAUCCGAGCCAGUUCGUGCGCAUGCUCGACACGUUCCGGCUGUGCGCGCCCUCCCUCCUCGCGCUCCUCCGAUCGCUCCCCUCCGUUGCCGCGCUCGUCGUCGACAUGUUCUGCGCCCACGCCGUCGAUGUCGCCGCCGCGCUCAACGUCCCCGCGUACAUCUACUGGACCUCGUCCGCCCGCGCCUUCGCUUCCUUCCUCCACCUCCCUUACUACUACUCCAAGACGGCCAGCUCCCUCGGCGACAUGGGCAAGGCGCUCCUUCACUUCCCUGGCGUCCCGCCGAUCGCGGCAUCGGACAUGCCGUCCACGGAGCAGGACAGGGAGGGCAGGGCGUACAAGGCGCGGACCGCGCUGUACGCACGCGUCGCUCAGGCGACCGGCGUGCUGCUCAACACCUUCGAGUGGCUGGAGGCGAGGGCCGUGAAGGCGCUUCGGGAGGGCGCCUGCGUCCCGGACCGCCCGACGCCGCCGGUGUACUGCGUCGGGCCGUUGGUGGCGGCAGGCACAUCCGAGGCGGGCGAAUCGGAGCGGCACGCGUGCCUCGCAUGGCUAGACGCGCAGCCGGACCGCAGCGUUGUGUUCCUCUGCUUCGGCAGUGUGGGCGCCUUCUCGGUGACGCAGCUGAAAGAGAUAGCCCGCGGGUUGGAGACCUCCGGCCACCGGUUUCUGUGGGUCGUACGUAGCCCACUUCAGGACCCGAGCAAAUUCAUCGAGCCGCGACCGGAGCCGGACCUUGAGGAGCUGCUUCCCGAUGGGUUCUUGAAGAGGACGCGGGAGCGUGGGCUGGUAGUGUCCUCGUGGGCACCGCAGGCUGAGGUGCUGCAUCACGGCGCGACCGGCGCUUUCGUGACUCACUGCGGCUGGAACUCGGCGCUGGAGGGCGUCACGGUGGGGGUGCCAUUGCUGUGCUGGCCGCAGUACGCGGAGCAGAGGCUGAACAAGGUGCUCAUCGUGGAGGAGAUGAAGGUUGGGGUGGUGAUGCAGGGCUACGACGAGGAGCUGGUGAGCGCGGAGGAGGUGGAGGCGAAGGUGAGGCUGGUGAUGGAGUCCGAGGAAGGCAAGAGGCUCCGGGAGAGGCUGGCGGUGGCGAGGGAGAAGGCCGCGGAUGCCCUCAUGGACGGCGGGCCGUCGCGGCUGGCGUUUGACCAGUUUCUGAAGGAUUUGGGGAGGUCCAAGUGAUCAUUCGGCAUUUGGGCACAAGAUUCACGCGAAUGACAUGUUUGGGCGGAUUUAUGUUCAAGAUGUUGUGAGAACGGGUAAGAGAUCCAGAAGAACAGGUCGUUUGAUCAAAGCAUCAUUGAAGCGGAAUUAUCUUGGAAAUAAAUUUGAGUUGGAAUCCAUUUGCUCUUGACGAUCAUGCCUGGGGACCUAACGAUCAUGUCAGGCACCCGCGUGAGAUGCACAUUGAUCGUCCCAGCUCCUAUCUCUGAAGGGAGGAAGGGAUCCACGAAGUCCCCCGACUCGACAACACCGUCCACAUCCGCAGCUUGCGUGCUCGUCUCCUGCGUUGCUCGAUGGGUCUCUCACUCUCCACCAUGUAGGUAGUCCACCAGUAGUAGUAGACUGAGAAGACUACGAACAUUCUUCGCUGCAUCCAACUAUGCAAGCCCUCCGCAUCUUGAUCGUUAACAUCCCUGGCGACGAGUUCACCCGAAUUGUUGCAACACUUCUGGAAAGGCCUGGAAUACUGGAUGUAUCGUGCUAUGCUAAUUGGGCUUGGAGCGAAGUAGCCCAGUAAUGAACGAAAUAGGCCGAGUUGUAAAGUUUCACGGUCCGUUCUUCAGACUCUGAACUUUUUCCUUAUUUUCUCGUCUCUAACCGUAUUUUCUUUAUUUUGUUUCUUUCU